ACUUCCUCGUGCCCGCAAAGUUUUCGUCGGUUCCGCCCCCCUCGGCGGUCUCGCCUCUCCUCGCUUCGGCGGUGCUUCGGAAGGCGAGAGGCAGGAAUGCAACGGCAGGUUCAUCCUGGCUUCGGAUAUACUGCGCUCGGCAUGGUUCUUCGGCCGAGCCAACGAGGCUGAGACGAGAGAACAGGAGUCGGAGCCCUGAACGCUUCAAAGAUGCAGCAUUGAUCCAGAAGCAGCUACUGAUCUGCAGAUCUUGCUGAAACUCCUGAAUUCUGCAUAAUGAUGUCAUUGGGACACUUAAGCAAGGGAGUCAGCCUAGAUGAACUUAUUGAUAUCUGUAUUGAUUCUUUUGAUACUGGGUAAGAGAAUUCUGGAUCAUGUUUAAAACAGACACCAAUCUUACAAAUACUAUGGAAGAAUUUCAGGAAUUGGUGAAAGCUAAUGGUGAGGAGUUACACUGCCGCCUAAUUGACACAUCUCAAAUAAAUGCUCGCGAUUGGUCAAGAAAGAUAACCCAGAGAAUAAAAUCUAACAGCAGCAAGAAACGAAAAGUUUCACUGCUCUUCGAUCAUCUGGAGCCAGAAGAAUUGUCAGAUCAUCUCACCUACCUUGAAUUCAAGUCCUUUCGACGAAUAUCAUUUCUAGAUUAUCAAAACUACAUCAUAAAUGGAUGUGUGAAGGACAAUCCGACAAUGGAACGCUCAAUCACGCUUUGUAACGGAAUUUCACAGUGGGUACAACUAAUGGUAUUAAAUAGACCAACACCACAGCUUCGAGCUGAAGUAUUCAUCAAGUUCAUUCAUGUGGCCCAGAAACUUUAUCAGUUGCAAAAUUUCAACACAUUAAUGGCUGUGAUAGGAGGCCUUUGCCACAGUUCCAUCUCUAGACUUAAAGAAACAAGUUCUCAUGUUCCUCAUGACAUCUAUAAGAUAUUCAAUGAAAUGACUGAAUUGCUCUCAUCUGGCAGGAACUAUGAUAAUUACAGACGUACUUAUAAUGAGUGCAGUAACUUUAAAAUCCCUAUUCUUGGCGUACACCUGAAAGAUUUAAUUUCUCUUUAUGAAGCUAUGCCAGAUUACUUGGAAGAUAAAAGAGUUAAUAUGCACAAAUUCUGUUCUUUGUACAAUCAUGUCAAUGAAUUGAUACAGCUGCAAGAGAUAGGUCCCCCUCUGGAAGCUAACAAAGAUCUUGUCCAUCUCCUUACAUUGUCACUUGACCUUUACUAUACAGAAGAUGAAAUUUAUGAACUUUCAUAUGCACGAGAGCCAAGAAGUAACCGGGCUGCACCAUUGACACCUUGUAAACCACCAGUUGUAGCAGAUUGGGCAUCUGGAAUUGCCCCCAAACCUGAUCCAAAGAUAAUUAGUAAGCAUGUCCAGAGAAUGGUAGAUUCUGUUUUUAAAAAUUAUGAUCAUGAUCAGAAUGGAUAUAUUUCUCAAGAAGAAUUUGAGAAGAUUGCUGCAAGCUUUCCUUUCUCCUUUUGCGUAAUGGAUAAGGACAGGGAAGGUCUGAUUAGCAGGGAUGAAAUUACAGCCUAUUUCAUGAGGGCCAGUUCAAUCUAUUCAAAAUUAGGCCUUGGUUUUGCCCACAAUUUCCAGGAGACCACUUACCUAAAGCCGACAUUCUGUGACAACUGUGCUGGAUUUCUUUGGGGUGUUAUUAAACAAGGAUAUAGGUGCAAAGAUUGUGGAAUGAACUGUCAUAAGCAAUGCAAGGAUCUAGUUGUAUUUGAAUGCAAGAGAAGACCCAAAACGACAGCUGUGGAUAACAGUCCAGCAUCAGCUCUUGCAUCUAGCCUCUGUCCCAUGGGACUUAAAGAGCAUAUGCAUGGGCUGGAGGAAGGAGGAUUUCCAUUUCCUAAUGGCGAGAUGGUUGAACAUAAUGAAGGCAGCAAAGAUAGAACUAUUAUGCUCAUGGGAGCAUCAGCCCAGAAAAUCUCAGUAAGGCUAAAGCCAUCUGUGGUACACAAAGGUACACAAACUGAUACAAUGAUGGCGCUCGGUGAUGAAGUGUCUAAUCUACAAAGAGAGUCUGGAACAUCAUCUGAAAGUAGUUUUCUCCAGCCGUCUCCUCUGUGUCCAUGUCCAAGUCCACUUCUUGCUCGGAAAAAGGCAUAUGUGAAAUGGGAGAAUAAGGAUUGCAGUCAAAAAAUGAAGGAAGAUCCACAAACACUAAAACCCACAUAUCAAGAACUAGAAAAGGAAAGAAAUGUUCUGACUGCAGAGAAUGAAGCUCUCAAGCUGCGUCUUAAACAAGCUCAUAAGAAGAUUGAAUUCCUCAGCAUUCAACGAAAUCACAUACUGGACACUAGGGAACAUGGAGAUUGCUUGUAGCUUAGAAAAAAGACAUAUUGAGGAAAAGGAUAAAGCCAAUUCGUUUUUUGAGUGUAUUUAAGUGUAUGCAGUUAAAUGUUUGCAGCAUGGCAGGAAUUUAAAGUAAGAUUGUCUUAUUUUGACUGCUAUUAGUACUUGUAGAUGUAUAUAUUUUGUGCUAUCAGUUUAAAUAGUUUGCCUUCUGUUUGGCUGAAGCUACAUCAUUUGGAGUUCCUGUUAUUUGUAGAGCAAGGAAAACACCUGUUGCCAAAGUAACCAAACUGCAUUAUCAAAUAGGAAUGUGUACCUUGGGCUAAUUGUUGCUAAUUUUGGCAAUGCAAACUUGAAAAUAGGCAUGAUUUUUUAAAUAUAAAACUUAACUUCACAAAUAUUGCUCCUUGAAUGGGCACAUGAGUCAAAGAACCAUUUCCAUAUUCUUUUUGAAUUGGUUGGUCUCUUUUUUCCAAGAAUGCCCAUUUCAGGUAGGCAGUUCCAAAAGCUUCCUCUUGGCAGAGGUGCACAGAAUAUGGGCAAAAAUAUAAAGAUGCUAGCCACAAAGAUACAAUCAAAGUUCCAUCUGUUUUUUAUGUACAUUGCAUACACCCACACCCUGUGGCAGGGUAGUUCGAUAACUUAAAAGACGCCGGAGAAAAUAUGUAAACUGGAGUUUACUUCAUGUUUUCAGCAAAAAAAACAAAAACAAACCCUAUAGUAUAGAAAACCAUUGCUUUCCUUAAAAGCUUCAGCAUUUGUUUAGUGAUGAUGGUGGCUUCUUUAUGAUUGCAAUGGUUGCUAUACAGUGCCACAAAAAGCUCAUAAGAUUAGAUCAGUUAUGUGGAUGAGUCAUUUUACGACCAUCAUUAGUUAUGACCAUGAUGGACAGGCUCCAUUACAGUCAUAAGUCAAGUAGGCAUACAUGCCGUGUAUUGAUUCAGUUAAGAUGCAAAAUGAGAAGAAAUAAUAUGUAAAUUCAAUGUGCACCAAUGUGGUAGAAACUAAGGUGGUUUGCAAGGGUAGAAAAGAAUGCAGAAUUACAGCAAAUGAGGAUUGUGCAAACUAGAUUUAAUUGGAUUUCUUUUCUCCUUUUUGCACACCACUUCUAACUCAUUUUCUGUACUUUGCAUAACAUUUAGUUUGCACUGAAAAGGAAUAGAAAAAAGAAAUAGCAUGUUGGGUAUGUGCAGUAUGUAUUUAUCCUUAUAAAUACAAUGUUCAUUUGAUUCAUAGUGAAAGGUGCUAUACUUCUUUUGUGACUAUGGCGAAAGAAAAUAUUCUCUCGCUUGCAAAAAUCCAGUGUGCAGGAUUCCCCAUCCCCUCUGUGCUUUUGCCAUCCCAACCACUUACAAAUAUCUGCGUAUGUUCCUCAACCUGCAGAGCACCUCGUGUAUAUCUCUCUGACCAUAAUUUGAGAACCACUUGAUAAGCACAAGCGAUGCUAAAAGCCACUUUCAGGUCUCAUGUCUACAUUUCUUUAAUAGUAAUUUUAUUUAAAAAUUGCAAUUAAAAUUGCAACAAUAAAA